AACGUAUCAGAAAACUGUAGCACCAACGCUAGUGCUGGGGCAUCGCCAUUACAAUACCAGGAAAAAAGGGAAAAAAAACUGCACAGAUGUAGACAGACGCAGACAAUGUUCACGGGGUUACGUUAUGCGGAUUUUAAACGAUAUAUAUAUAGGCUUCGAACUAUCCUGUUUGCGCACACACGCUGUGUGUCUGCUGAAUUCGAGACACGCAACAAUUAUAGCAUACACACCAACUUGAAGGGCCACUCACUCUCCGCCCCUGGUCGCCAUUGAUUGGCCUUUAGGACCCGACAGCACAUUUUUAAAUGAAAACAAGACACCUGUGUGGGCAGCUGUCGAAGGUCCUUCAGAAGGAUGCUGACCAGGAGACCCAGAUGAGGCUGGAAAUCCAGAGCAUGAAGCAGGAGCUCUCCUCCAUCAGCAUGAUGGAUGAGUUUGCCAGAUACGCCAGACUGGAACGGAAGAUCAACAAGAUGACGGACAAACUCAAAACCCAUGUCAAAUCAAGAACUGGUCAGCUGGCAAAAAUAAAAUGGGUGGUUAGCAUUGUCUUCUAUAUUUUACAAGCAGUUCUAAUGAUCUCGUUAAUUUGGAAGUAUUAUGCUGACCCAGUGACUGUACUGCCCAGCAAAUGGAUUGCACCUCUCGAACGUCUAGUGGCUUUUCCAAGUGGAGUAGCAGGUGGAGUUGGAAUAACUUGCUGGCUUGUAGUGUGCAACAAGGUUGUUGCAGUCAUGCUGCAGGCUUUCAGCUGAGAAGAGAGGCCAGCUU